ACUGAAAGAGAGAGUGUUCGUCAUAACUCACGUUUGCUUCUGAGUAUCCAAAAACUAACAGAAAAAUUAUACCUCGUCUCUCUCGCCUCGUCUCAAUUUCACUACACAAAACACAAAAACAAAACCCUAUUUCCUAUUUCACACACACAACACAUCACAACACACUCUCUCUCGCUCUUUCUUCUCCUCAUUCCCUUUCGCUCUCCAACUCCGAACCAAACACUAACCAACACUCCUCUUUUCUUUCUUUCUUUCUUCUUCUCUCCCUUUUCGCAUUCGGCGAUAAGGCCUUGGCGGUUAUUAUUCAAACGUCGACGUUUCGGUUCUUAUCAUCAUCAUCAAUCACUGCCUCGCCUCUAGGGUUAGUUCGUUCCUUUUUUUCCGUGUUCCUCUUUUCGCUCUCGCAAUCAAACGUCGACGUUUCUCCUCUGUAACCCUAGGUUCCGGAGGAGCUUUUUUUUUUUUUUUUCUUUCUUUCACACCCCUCAAUUUAAUCACGUGUGGUUUAUUUUCUCUCGGGUUUUGUGGUUUUCCAUUACCUAUUCUCUCCUGGUUCUACCCUGAAUACAUCGUUGCCCUUUUUAGGGCUUUAUUUGUUAUUAUUAUUUUUUUUUUUCAAUUUUGGUGACAUGGAUGGGUUUGCAAUGUGUUGAGUUCUUCUACCAUUGUUGCCAUAGUUGUGCUUUGAUUUUCCCGAUUCUUGGUUUGUUCAAUUUUUCUUGGAGAGAUGGAAAAUCUGUGAGGGGUUUAUUGUGGAAAUCGGUGUUUUGGUUUAACGAUGGAGGCGUAGCUUAGAGAAGCUUUCCCUUCCCAACAUUGUCUUGUGUUUCAAGACACAGGUUUCUUGUUAGGGGAAAAUAGGGUUUGUGUUGGAGCAGUUGUUGAAUUUGUUAUGGGCUUUGUAGAUUGAAUAGCAGGUUGUUUGGUUGGGAAGGUUGGAUAUUUUUUAAUAACCGUUGGAGGAUAGUGAGUUGUGGAGUAAUUGAAUUUCGCCGUGUAAGUACUGCUAUUCCGUUCUGAUCGGAGUGGUUUUGUGCUUGGCGGGUUUUAAUUGAUUAGGUUUGGGUUGUAGAAGAGUGAUAAGUGGAGCAAGGUAGAGAAGGGAGAUUUGUACACGAUACUAACAAGUAACAAGUGUGAUAGUGCUACUACUUGUGGGUGGAGUUGGUGAAGAGGUGGACGUGAUUUUUCUUGGUGUUUCUGAUGAUGUUCAGUGUUAGUUAUGGAAAGAAGUGAACCUGCAUUAGUUCCAGAAUGGUUGAGAAGUGCUGGAAGUGUUGCCGGGGCUGGCAGUUCAGCCCAACAGUUUGCCUCCUCAUCUGGUCAUACUGAUUCUCUUUCCGUAGCUCAUCACUCAAGGAAUAGAUCUUCUAAGAAUGGUAGUGAUUUUGAUAGUGCUCGUUCUGUGUUUCUUGAACGGACAUCCUCAUCAAAUUCCCGGAGGAGUUCUAUAAAUGGUUCUGCCAAGCAUGCCUACAGUAGUUUCAACAGAAGUCAUCGUGACAAGGACCGUGACAGAGAGAAAGAUAGAUCCAGUUUUGGAGAUCACUGGGACUGUGAUGGUUCUGACCCAUUGGCCAACCUCUUUCCUGGAAGGAUGGAGAGGGAUACAUUGCGGCGUUCUCAUUCAAUGGUUUCUAGGAAACAGAGUGAAGUUAUACCUCGUAGAGUUGCUGUUGAUACUAAAUCUGGUGGCAGCCAUCAGAACAAUAGCAAUGGAAUACUUUCUGGGAGUAAUGUUAGUAGCAGCAUUCAGAAAGCUGUGUUUGACAAGGAUUUUCCGUCACUUAGUACUGAAGAGAAGCAGGGAAUAGCUGAAGUGGUGAGGGUUUCAUCUCCUGGUUUGGGUGCCGCUGCCAGUCAGAGUCUACCUGUUGGUAGUUCAGCUUUGAUUGGAGGGGAGGGAUGGACAUCUGCACUGGCCGAGGUACCCGCUAUAAUUGGGAGUAGCAGUACGGGAUCUUUAUCAGUUCAACAAACUGUUAAUACAACAUCUGGGUCUGUAGCACCAAGUACAACAGCUGGUCUUAAUAUGGCUGAGGCAUUGGCACAGACUCCAUCCCGAGCUCGCUCUGCUCCCCAGGUGCUAGUCAAAACCCAAAGGCUUGAGGAACUGGCUAUCAAGCAGUCAAGACAGUUGAUUCCAGUAACACCCUCAAUGCCUAAAGCUUCGGUUCAUAAUUCUGAGAAAUCGAAGCCCAAAACAGCUAUCAGAAAUGCUGAUAUGAAUGUAGUUACCAAGACUGUGCCACAGCAACCGUCUGCAUUGCACAUUGCAAGCCAAUCUGUUCGCAGUGUUAAUGCCAAAGUUGAUACUCCAAAGACAUCUGGGAAGUUUACUGAUCUCAAAUCAGUAGUGUGGGAAAAUGGUGCUUCCCCUACCUCUAAGGAUGUAUCAAAUCCAACAAAUUAUUCUAACAGCAAACCAGGAAAUCAACAUGCUGUUGCUUCAGGAGCUGCCUCUGCACCAUUGAGGAACCCAAAUAACCUAAAAUCCCCUACGGAGCGGAAGCCAUCUUCUAUGGAUUUGAAAUUAGGUUCCAAUUUGGAGAAGAAACAUUCCAUCUCUCAAGUGCAGAGCCGGAAUGAUUUCUUCAAUCUCAUUAAGAAGAAAACAUUGAUGAACUGCUCUGCAGUUCUUCCAGAUUCUGGCCCGAUGGUUUCAUCUCCUGCGAUGGAGAAAUCUGGUGAAGUAAAUAGGGAAAUAGUUAACCCUUCUGCAAGUCCCCAGCCUCUUGGAAAUGGUACUGAACUCACCAGCAAUGGUACCCAUGCUCAUGAAGUGAUUCACAGAAUUUCUGAUAAUGAGGAGAAAGAAUCAAAUCCCAGUGUUACAAUAUAUCCCGAGGAGGAAGAAGCUGCUUUCCUUCGUUCUCUUGGCUGGGAGGAGAACUCAGAUGAGGAUGAAGGCCUUACAGAGGAGGAAAUCAAUGCUUUCUAUCAAGAGUGCAAGAAAUUGGACCCAACUGCAUUCAAGCUAAGCCAGGGAAUGCAGCCAAAGCUGUCCAAGUUGUUUGAAUCUUAUGCAUCUAACUUGCGUGAAUCUUCUGCUGAGUUGAGCUCUUCUGAUCCCGGAUCUGAAGCUUGAUGUACUGUUUCUUUAAUCAUAGUUAGAUCCAAGCUUCAAAUUUUGAUGGCAGAUGACUAGUUCCAUUCCUUUUGUUCUGAAGGCCAAUGAUUUGAGAGUGAAAGAAGAGGGGUGGGUUUGAUUGGAACCCUGCAUUUUGCAAAUAUUGCAAUAAGUUACAGGUGCCUCAAUCCUGCCUGGUUUACAGGGAAUUUUUUUUUCCUUUUUUGUUUUUUGGUUAUAGGGUUGGUAGGGUAGGGGCUAUUUUAAGGUGCUGGGCCAUUGCAUCUUUUGGGGUAUUUUGAUCCGUUUCUUUUCUUUCAUGAGGGUUUGAUUCUACUUGAUAAAGUUUAUGCUGUUUUUGGUCAAUUUUACAAAAAAAAGGGAAAUUUAAAGUUUAUUUUUAAUUUUAGAGCAUGUUGAUAUGAUUAUUUUUAGAAGUCUGUAUUUUUUUGGGGAUGAGCUGGUUCACAGUCUGGUUGCGGUUCCCGCAGCACUGUUAAAAAUCACAUCAAUCAAAUGUUAUCGAUAUACAAAAAAUAAUAGAACUUCACUCUUUUAAUU